AUGGCGUCAGGCUUAGCCUCAAAGUUUGAGAUCAACGCCGACAUGGGCGAAGGCUUCGGCCGUUGGAAGAUGGGCCCCGACGAGGAGCUGAUGCCCUACAUCGACGCCGCUAACAUCGCAUGCGGCUUCCACGCCGGCGACCCAUCCAUCAUGCACAAGACCAUUUCCCUUUGCAAGCAACACGGCGUCAAGGCCGGCGCGCACCCAGGCCUCGCCGACCUCCUCGGCUUCGGCCGUCGCAAGAUGGAAAUCGACCCCAAGGACAUGUACUGCAUGGUGCUCUACCAAGUCGGCGCCCUCAAGGCGAUGCUCGACGCGCAGGGCGUGCCGCUUGCGCACAUCAAGCCGCAUGGCGAGCUCUUCUUCUACAUGCAGCGCGAUCUGGCUAUCAUGCGUGCUGUGCUCGAGGCAUGCGCUACCUUUAAAGUACCCGUGUACGGCGCGUGGAACGCGGCGCAGGCGGAGAUGUGCGCGGAGCUCGGGGUCGAGUUCCAGGGGGAAGUAUAUGUUGAUAUUGACUACUCACCGGAGGGGGCAUUGUUGCCCGUGGCGAAGUCACAGCCGGCGACGCCGGAGAGGUGCUAUGAGAGGGCGAAGAGAGCGAUGGUGACGGAUUUAGGGGCGGACUCGGAGGGGACCAAGUUUAGUUUCGGUUUCAAGGGCAAGGCUUUUAGUAUUUGCAUCCAUUCGGAUAUGCCGACUGUAAUGGAUAAUGUCAAGGGGGUGCGCAGAGCUGUGGACGAGGCAAACAAGGAGGUGUUUAGUUGA